UGCCCUUUAUCGUCCAAUGAUGCAGGAAUGUGAGGGAUGCUGAGUGUCCAGCUGAUCCACUGCUUUGCGCCCGGGGGAGGGUCUCCAGUCUCCACUCUGGCUGCCAUAACACGGCUCAGCUCAGGCAGGCAGGUGGGCCGGCGGGGGUGAAGCGCAUCCUCGGAGAGAUAUGCUGGAAACAUGAUCAUCAGGGGAACAUAAACGCGUUAUUCGUCUACGGUCAGAUGAUAAGACAACUCCAUGUGUUUCGUGUUAUCCUUCAAAUGACAUAACAAAAGAGGCAGGCGUCGGGUCCGUGCAGGAAAGACACUAGCCGACAUCAUCAGCCGCUGCGCCGUGUGAGGCGAGGUCAUCGCAGAGUAGCCUACUACGGUUCCCAUGGACCCCUGUGCCUUGAUCCCAAUCUAAAGCUCUGAAAACGACCUCAGGCCCCGCCACAGACCUCAGUUAUCACUUCACCCAGUACUAUUAUCGAUAUAUCAGAGAGGAUGUGAGUAGGAGAAUGACUGAGGCUAUAAAACCUCAAUAAGUCCAACCAAGAAAAGAAGUGGAAUCACAUGGCUGCUAUGGACUGACGGGUCAACUGAUACCAGAUCACACUGGCUUUGCUUGGAAGUUGACAAUGGUGUUGUUUUUGAUUGGGAUCUCUAUUGCUGUGAAUAAUUCAUCUCAUGAGAACCAAACUGCAGAAACCCCCACCCAUCAGGGUGCUCAUGUGCUGCCCUCAACACUGGUCAUAUCCCUGCUUCUUAUCAUUGUUGUCCUGCUGACAGUCUACUGUCUGAGGUUCAAAAACCACAGGAAAGCUCUCGUUACCUCGGUGGAUAAAAAGAUUCCGAAUGGCUUCUUGGAGGAACAAGGAGAGCAGACAGUGGUCCUCCUCCCCAGAUCUCCCUCGCCAUCCAAGAGGUACUUCCCCAUCCCUCUGGACUCGCUGGAGGAGGAGUAUCGGAUACGCUCUGCAGACGACGGCAAGCUCUUCAGAGAGGAGUUCAACUCGCUGCCUUGUUACUACCACCACGGGUCCUUUGAGGAGGCGAGCAGAGAGCACAACAGAGAGAAAAACAGAUACCCAAACAUUUUGCCAUAUGAUCAUUCAAGAGUGUUGUUAAGUCAUCUAGAUGGACAUCCAUGUUCUGACUACAUAAAUGCAUCUUACAUAGAUGGUUUUAAAGAGAAGAACAAAUUCAUUGCAGCUCAAGGCCCGAAGCUUGAGACAGUGGCCGACUUCUGGCGGAUGGUUUGGGAACAGAAAACAGCAACUAUAGUAAUGCUGACAAAUCUAAAAGAAAGGAAAGAGGAUAAAUGUUAUCAGUAUUGGCCAGAAAAAGGCUGCUGGAUGUACGGGAACAUCAGGGUGGCGAUGGAGGACUUCACUGUACUGGUGGACUACACCAUUAGAAAGUUUUGCGUUCAAUAUCAGGGCAGUGAUGGUCCCCGAGCUCCGCGGCUGGUCACCCAGCUCCACUUCACCAGCUGGCCAGACUUCGGGGUGCCAUUCUCACCCAUCGGCAUGCUGAAAUUCCUCAAGAAGGUCAAGACUGUCAAUCCAUCAUAUGCUGGACCCAUUGUUGUGCACUGCAGUGCCGGGGUGGGAAGGACUGGGACCUUCAUUGUCAUUGACAGCAUGAUCGACAUGAUGCACAUAGAACAGAGGGUGGAUGUCUUCGGCUCUGUGAGCAGAAUACGAGAACAGCGCUGUCAGCUCAUCCAGACAGAUAUGCAGUACUCCUUCAUCUACCAGGCUCUGUUAGAGUACUAUUUGUAUGGAGACACAGAGCUGGAUGUGUGCUCUCUGGAGGGCCAUCUGCAGAGGCUUCACAACACCAGGGCUCCCCACGACAGGCUGGGCCUGGAGGAGGAGUUCAGGAAGCUGACCAAUGUCCGCAUAAUGAAGGAGAACAUGAGAACUGGGAACCUUCCUGCCAACAUGAAGAAGAACCGUGUGCUUCAGAUCAUUCCGUAUGAUUUCAACCGAGUAAUACUCUCAGUAAAAAGAGGACAGGAGUUCACCGACUACAUCAAUGCCUCCUUUAUUGAUGGCUACAGGCAGAAGGACUAUUUUAUCGCAACCCAGGGCCCACUGUCUCACACAGUGGAGGACUUCUGGAGGAUGGUGUGGGAGUGGAGGUGUCAUUCAAUCGUUACGCUCACCGAACUCAAAGAGAGGGAGCAGGAAAAGUGUUUCCAGUAUUGGCCAUCAGAGGGCAGUGUAACAUUUGGAGAUUAUACUGUGGAGCUGACUGGAGAUGCACUGUGUGAAACCUUUACUCUCAAAGACAUGGUGCUCACCUACAGACCAGAAAAGCAGUCACAACACAUCCGACACUUCCACUUCCACGGAUGGCCUGAGAUCGGAAUACCAGCCGAGGGAAGAGGGAUGAUUGACAUUAUUGCCGCUGUGCAGCGGCAGCAGCAGCAGUCUGGAAACCGUCCCAUAAUUGUGCACUGCAGCGCUGGUGCGGGUCGCACCGGUACCUUCAUUGCCCUCAGUAACAUUCUGGAGAGGGUGAAAGCUGAAGGCCUCCUGGACGUUUUUCAGACAGUCAAGAGUUUACGCAUGCAGAGACCACACAUGGUUCAGACUGUGGAGCAAUACGACUUCUGCUACCGAGUGGUUCAGGAUUUUGUUGAUAUUUUCUCAGACUACGCCAAUUUUAAAUAAUAAUGCUGUUUCGACUUGUGCAUUUUUUUUUCUGAAUGUUGUUUUCUACAGCAAGCAAUUUUUACAUUUUGCACUUGAUUACAGAUCUAAAGAAAGAAUUGUAACAUACUGUAAUAUAAUUAAAAACAUCUGUACUCCAGGAGAGUCUGUCUCUUUCAGGAAUUCUUGAUCUUCAAGUAUCCCAAUGUAAAAUAUAAAAAUUAUAGUGGUUUAUUAAUAGGUUGGUUGGGAUCUUCAAUAUGUAUAAGUUUUAUGUUGCAUCAUUGUGAGGGUCAAUAAAGAAAAACAUUCAAAGACUGUAUUACAACUUUAUCUAUUUAAUAAUGUAUAUAUAUAUAUUGUAUGUAUUGCUCACCUGAAAUGCACCACUAAUGUGUUGUAGAGUACAUGCAUUCUCUUUUAUUUCUGCUUUAUUUUGUUACUCACCACAAUGCCUGUGGUUUACAUUAGUCUUGUAUUUAAUGCUGCCCUCUGAACAUGUUUGAUUGCAAUGAGGAGAAAAAAAUUAUGUUUGAUAAAUAGGGUAAAAUGAUUAAUGCUAACACAAUGUCCUGUCUGACAUGUGUGAAUAAUAUAUAUGAUCUACCUUGAGCUCAAACAAAAACAUAAAAUUCAAGAUACAUUUCAUUCUGUUAGAUGCUGCAAAUUACCUCACUUCUGUGUGAAUAACUUAACAGCUGCUGUCUGUUGCAGUUUUAUUCAACUUCACCAACUUUCUUGUGUUGCCUGUGGCAAUAUUACUUAGUGGAGUGGCGCCUGACGCUGCAAAAUGCAAUUAGCCCACAUUGGAACAGGCAGAAAAUAUUUGAUUAUUAUAUCCAAAUGUAUCAGUUUUAUAAAUGUUUUACAGCUGAGCAUCGCAUCCAUCCAUUUUUUUAUACACAUUACCAAGCUGACUUUACACUUGCAUGUUUGCAUAAAGCAGUGCCAUAUUGAUUAGGAAGACUGCUCUAAUCAUGAAAAACUUCCAAACUUGUCACCAAGUGACACAAUUUUAAUACAGAUAAGAUGUUGCCAGAUGUUUAUGUUUAAUUCAAUAUAAUAGCCCAAUUUUUAAAAGUGCAUUGUUUUUGAAUGGUGGUCUCCUGUAUGUAUCAUCAGUUUAUUGUUUAUACAAACACUUCAGAAUAUUAUAAGGAUAACAAAAUGUACCAUUAUUUUAGUUUUUGCAAAUAACUGUGUAAGAAAUUGAGAUGAAAAACACCACGGUAAUAUGUGUUUUAAUGAAGACUUGAUAAGAGAUGCGGUUGAAUCUUAUCUGAGAGAGUAAAAAGCAGAUAUCAAGAACCAAUGCUCAGCCAAAAUAUGAAAUAUGCAUGCACAGGCUUUUUGACAUAUUUUGACUAUGAUAGUUAGUCUUAGUUUCAUAUUUAAACAAGGAAACCCCAACAUUGCUGCAAAAUCAAAAGCAUAUAUUUUUGCAAGGCUUCUGCUUACAGUACUUCUUUGUAGAACAGUAAGCAUUAAAGUCUUAGGUUUGGGUAAAUAACUUUCUACUGUGUUUGUACUUCCAUUAAAUCGUAAGAUGGGUUUAUACAUAACACACUGAUCAUUUUGUUUAUUUAGUGUACAUCAAUUCUUGUUGUGGUUAUUAAUCAAAGCCAAUGUUAACUGCAUUAUUGACUUAAUUGUAAUGGAUUGCCAUGUUGAAAGAACAAGAAAUAGGGCCAAUGGCAGUGAGGCCUUGCAGCUGAUGCACAAGCAUCUUGUUUCAGUGAUGUUUUUGCCUUUUGAAUCUGUAUGGAUUUGAACUACUAUUUGUUUGCUAAAAGCUGAUUCCAAUAAAUUAUAGAUGGAGAGAAAUGCCAGA